CAGGGUGUGCUGUCCAUUAAUUCCUUUUAACUACACUAGACCAAACCUUUCUUCUUCCUCUCUGUCUUGGUUUUCCAAAUUAUCAAUCAUAUCAUAAAAGUUGUUAUAGAAAUAACUUUUGCAACACUAUUACUCCUAUUUAUCAGGGCAUGGCUUCAAUGCUGACGAAGAAUCCAAUGACAUUUUCCUCAGACAGAUCAAUUUUAGCAAGAAGGAAAAAGAAGAAAAGAAGUUCAAGCUCAAAAAAUCAAAAUCAAAAUAAUAUUAUCAACCACAACAACAUCAGCAACAACAAUAAUAACAAUCGCGAUUCUAAUAUUACUGAGUGGAAUUCCCAAUCCCAACAACAAGUGUAUUCUUACAAGCUACUCAAAGCACUACACCAAGCGCAAACCAGCUCAUCGGCUCCCAAAGGGGACCGAGCUGUCCGCAAAGUGGCAGACAGAGUCCUAGCCAUAGCGGCUAAAGGACGGUCCAGAUGGAGCCGAGCCAUAUUAACAAACCGGCUCAAGCUCAAGUUCAUCAAAAGGCUAUCUCAGAGGCAGAAAAUAGCUGCCUCCCCAACUAUCCGGCUUCCUAAGAAGCCGAGAGCCAGUAUGUUGAAGCCGAGAAUGAAGUAUUUACCGGCUUUCCAAAAAAAGGCUCGGGUUCUGAGCCAUAUUGUUCCCGGCUGCCGGGAACAGCCGUUGCCGGUAGUUCUUGAAGAAGCCACUGAUUAUAUAGCGGCUCUAGAGAUGCAAAUUCGAGCCAUGAGUGCUUUAGCUGACUUACUUUCGGGCGCUUCGACUAGUAAUGCUCCUCAUGAUCAGCUCGGCUAAAGCCGAUCUCACCCAAGUUGAUUAUAAAUAGGUUUUCACAAUUUUUUUGUUUUAUCCCUCUAUAAAAUAGAUAUUCUUCAUCU